AUGAAGCUGGAGGGUCCCAAGAGGGAGGAGGUGGUGGGGAUGAUGCGCGAUUGGGAGGCGAGGCUGGACGACCACAUCCUCGCCAAUAUCCGCAACAUCCACGCUCUGCGCACCCAUCAAGCUGGCUUCUUCAAUUGCGUGCUGAAUCGUUUGGGAGUGCCCAAGGGGGACUUAAGAGAUAAGUGGCUAUGGCGCUCCAACCUUACUGCCAUGUACUUCACCUCUUUUGCGCUUGGCUACCGCUCUACUCAACACAUCAUCAACAAGCAUAUACAAAGAUGCAUGAAGCCUAGCUAGGCACUUCUUCCCUGCCUUUUUAUUUCCAAACUGCCAGGCUGCCCCCUCUCUCUUAUGCCGAUUUAUUCACUUAAUUGCCUAGGAUCAUGCCGUCUUGUGUUAACCUGACUCCCCUUUUGCUACUGAUCGGAUCUAUCUCUUUGUGUUCUCUUAUGUUGUACUCCAGUAUGUCGUUGGUUGCUUCAUCAUUGCUACGUACUGACAAACCAUUCUGCUAUGUUAUGUUUCCAUCUUCUCCGUUACAUGUAUAACUAUAAUUAUGACCUCCCGUUUUGAUCAUCGAUACCACUCGGUCAGGCAGGACUUCAAAUUUCAGAUCCUUCGAUCAGGUGACAAUGACUUAAUUUCAUAUUUUUCUUGUAUUCGAUCACACUCCAUCUUACAGGAAACAAGUUAUUAAACAGUUUGUUCCGUACGUGUUU